UAUUCAUACUAUUUUAUUAUUUUUUCUAGUGAAAAUGGCUGCCUUUCAGCUUUAAACCUCAGCGGUUCAGGGAAAAAAAUAUCCAUCCCUUAAACCAGAAUCUGCACGAUCGUUCGGAAAGAAGCAUCUUGCGCUUCAAGAAUGUGCAUAUUACUGCGUUAAUAAAAUGAUACUUUUGCUUUCAAGAAUGGAAGAUAGAUCUGUUUCAUGUUUAACCCAUUACAUUCCGUGAUCCGCGUUCCAGAUGAGAAAAUGAUGCACCAAGUAGCCAGCAACAGCAACGACUAUGGUCUGGGUAGCAUUGGGGAUGAUGGGCAACACCCAGCCAGUCAUUUUGAGUUGUGCAGUUCACAGUCCAACAAAUUUUACCCCACUGUCCCACCUCCCUCGCUACAACUGCCACUCCCAAACUUGCCCCCCUUGCCACAGAGCAUGAUCAAGCCCAUGUCUUGCCAGAUGCAAGACUCCCAGAAUGAAUUUCACUCCCAAACCGUUCGAAUGAGGGGUGCAGAUGCUCCAGAGAGCUCUAAGAAAAAGAAGGGCCUUGGGAAGUCCGGACGACGAGGCAGGCCCUCGGGUACCACUAAGUCUGCAGGCUACAGGACAAGUACGGGACGACCGCCUGGGACCACCAGAGCAGCAGGUUUUAAAACCAGCCCAGGAAGGCCACUGGGCACUACCAAAGCGGCAGGCUACAAGGUGAGCCCAGGUAGGCCUCCAGGCAGCAUCAAAACACUAUCAAGGCUUAAUAAACUGGACUAUGGCGCCUGCAAUGGUGCACCGUUCCCUUACACCAUGAUGCAGAAGAGGGCCUUGUGCGAAGCCGCUGUGAAAGAGAAAGACACUACAGAGUGAAAACCGUUUUUUAUUUAUUGCAAGGAGGGACUAGGGAUGUGGGUGCAUGUCCAAAGUCACAGUGAAUUGUGUUUGCAAUGUCAAACUCUUGCAAGGAACAAAAAAAGAAGAAAAAAAAAGAUGGAUUUUGAUACCUAAACUCAUGUGUAUGUGCAGUGUUAUCCUUUUGUGUAUCUUUUUCCAAAGACCAUUAGCAUUACCUUUCUCGCUAGACGUACGUUAUCCUAUUGUACAGAUGUGCAUGACGGUAGUAUUGUGAAAUAAAGUUACAGUAUUGCACACAUAUUAAUCUUUUUGGUCCUUAGACUUUGCUCAAGUGAAAUGUAGAGGAACUUCAAUUGUGUUGUUUUACAUUUAACUUUACCUUUUCCAUAAAGGUUUUGAUGUAAAGGUACAGUCUUCAUCACACCUGGUUUGUUUCACUCUAGAUUUUAGGACAUGCAUAGCAUUUGACUUGAAAAAUCUGAUCAGCAGUAAUAAUUCCUCUGUUCCCCUGAUGUGUAUGUGAAAGUGCUCUGUUUGUAAUGUCUAACAAUAUGUUUAUCUUUUUUGUUGUUGUUGUUGUUGUAUUUAUGAACUGUCUGGUGCCCUUUUAAGACAGAGGAUGAUGUGGCUUUUUGAUAAAAAGUCAAAUGACAGAUUUCAGCAAUGGCAUAACCUUUACACGUGCUCUUGUAAAUAUAACUGUGAGUUUAUAUCAGCCAGUGUCCACUGUUCCACCCAAAAUUGUUUUGCUGAUUAUUAAUCCAAUUUAAAAUACCAUGUUAAUGUUGUUGUUUUUUUAAUCACUGGGAUAAAACAAGUCUCAGUUUUGUGUAAUUGAAUACACCUGAUCUGAUAAAAAUAAACAAUUAUCACUCCAAAAAUAUAAA